AAGUUGAACAACAUUCUCCCGUAUUAUCAUCAUCACCACCACCACCAUCAUGUUCUACGACAAAAUCUUCUCAUUUUAAUAAGCUUCCAUCAACAUUGUUCAAUGAUACACAUUAUUUGUCAGCAGCGACAACUGACAGUGAUUUUUCUGCUAGUAAAGUUCUGAAACCAUUACCAUCAUCAUUAAAUCAUCAUUUGUUAGUUUCACAACGUUUAAGCGAGAUGUCUGAUACAUAUUGUGAUUUGUGUAAUGCGAAUUUCAACACACGAGAAAAUUACCUUGUACAUAUGCGUACUCAUUCUCAACAAAUACCUUCAUUAAUUUCUCGUUUUCCACCACUACCGCCAACAUCUAAUGAAUUGCAUCGUAUAAUAAAUGAGUUUUCAUUAAUUGAACGAACAAUAAUGUGUGAGAAAUGUAAUAGAUCAUUUGACAAUUUUCAAAUCUAUUUACAACAUUAUUCAUUACAACAUUGUUUACAACUAAUUAAAUGUCUCAUAUGCUAUGAUUUGUUUGAAACAAUGCAACAAUUUUAUAAUCAUAUUGAACGCUUACAUCCAUCAAAGACAAUUGAAUCAUACAAAUGUCGACUUUGUAAUGCGGUUUAUAAACAAAAAUCUGAUUUUAUUUCACAUGUUAAAACUGUUCAUUAUCAACGCAUCAAACAACAAGAACAACAACAGUCAUUUUUAAAAAAUUGUCCGCAUUGUCCAUGUAUAUUUCAUAAUCAUGCAGAAUACGUUAAUCAUAUAUUAACAAUACAUGAAAUUAAUUCAAACGAUAAAACACAAAUCUAUUGUCGUUGUCCAUAUUGUUCAAUUAAACUUCCCAUUGGUCUACUUGAUUAUCAUAUUGAAAAUGCUCAUAAUAACAAAAAAUCUAACAAUCACGAGAAUGGAACUAGUAAUGGACAUUAUUCUCUAACAUUGAUUGAACAAAAAAUAAAUAAUAAAUUACACAAACCAUCAUCAAUUAACAAACCAGUUGUUUAUUCAACUUCAACAAGAAAAUCUCCCACGACAAAUUGUCCAUCGUCGACAACAUAUCCCAUUUCAAAUACAACUUAUUCUUGUCAAAUAUGUGAUUUAAGAUUUAAUAAUGAAUUAUUACUUAUUGAACAUAAACGUCUUGAACAUAAUAUUCAUACAUUAAGUCCAACAUUAAUCGAUAAUUGUAUAGAAUCAUCUGUUACUCAUUCAUCAUCAACAAUAACAUCAUCAUUUAAAUGUUCUUAUUGUGAAAAUUUAUUUACAUCUAAAACUCAAUUAGAACGUCAUACUCGUAUUCAUGUUUCAUCAAAUAAUUUACGAUGUAAUAUAUGUGAUCGUUCAUUUUCUACUAUUGAAAUAUUAUCUGAACAUAAAUUAACUCAUUGUAAAUCAACGACAACUAAUAUUUGUAUUUAUUGUAAUCAAGUAAUAUUAAAUGAAAAUGAAUAUAAACAACAUUUAUAUAAACAUAAUAAUAAAUCAUCUCUAACUACAUCAUCACUUUUUGGUGAUUCAAAUUCAACUACAUUAUCAACAAUUCAUUGUAUUAUAUGUAAACAAAGUUUAAUGAAUGAACAUGAAAUUAGUUUACAUAUUCAUUUUCAUUUAGCAAAACUAAUGACUACAGCAAAUUAUCAUGAAGUAUCUUAUAUUUGUGAACAAUGUCAUUAUUUAUCGAAUAGCAACGAUAAUUUUAUAAUUGAUUUAAAAAAAUAUCGAUUAAUAUGUUAUCGUUGUCUUGAACGAAAUGAGAAUACAAUACAAGAACAGACAAUUUCAAUGUCUCAAGAAUCAAACGAUGGUUCUAGUAGUAGCAAUCCAAUUUUAAAAUGUUCAAAAUGUAUUGAUAUUGAUUUCAAUUCUUUGAAAACAUUUCAACAACAUUUUGAAACUGUCCAUAAUGAUUCAUUUAACAAUUAUGAAUAUCAGUGUAUUAAAUGUAAUAAAUUAUUUGAAAAUUAUGAUGAUAUUUCUCGACACAUAUCAUCUAUUCAUAAAAAAUUAUCAUUAAAAACAUCAUCGAGUGGAUUUUCAAUUGAUACAAUGACGACAACAAUUGAAACAAAUGAUCAAAAAAAUCAUUGUUAUGUAUGUUCAAAAAAUUUUUAUACAACUGUUAAAUUACAAAUUCAUCUAAUUGAACAUGAAUUUCCGAGUCGUGAUUUUAUAUGUACAAUAUGUCAACAAUUAAUGGCUGAUUCUCAACAUUUAUAUAAUCAUAUGAUACAGCAUGGUGCACGUGCAAAAUUAUAUCCAUGUCAAAAAUGUGACACAUAUUUUAUGUUCAAUAUACAAUUGAUUAAUCAUAGUUUUACGCAUAAAAAUGAACAUCAUCAACGAUUAUUGUCAUUAACAAAAUUAUCCAGCGAUAAAAUUGAAAAUUGUAUUCCGUGUAAUGGUCAUUCAACACCAAUAAAUAAAACACACGAGAUAACAGUCCAAACACUGGAUGAACAAAAAGUUAUUUGUGAAGACAACACGGUAGAGCUACCCGUUGUCAUAGAUAAAAAAAUGACACAAGAAGAACAAAAUCUUGUGGUGGAACCGUUAACAUUAAAUGUACGUAUUGAUUAA